AUGCUGGGAAAUCUUGAAUGUGAUGAUGCUUGCAAUAAUAAAGAUUGUAAUUGGGACUAUGGAGACUGUGGAUGUGCUGACGGAUGUGCUUUAUCAGAUUUUGGGAACUGCAAAGCUGAAUGCCUUGUUGGAAAAUGUGCCUAUGAUCAGAUAAGUUCAGACUCUUCAAGAAGAUGCAAUAAUAAAGGAUUAGUUUUACUUGACUUAUAUCAAAAUUUAGUUAAAGGCUCUUUUGAUAGCGCUCCUAAUUAUUUUUGGUGCAUCUAUAACUCACGCACUUACAAUUCCGAUACAGAUGAGUGGUCAACUUGUGAUGUCACCAAAGCUUAUGAUUUCACAAACUGCAAUCAAAUCUGUGACAUUGCUGAUUGUGCAUAUAAUUGAAUAAACUGUGAGCCUGAAAAAUCAUAUAAAUGCAAAGAUGAUGACUGUAUAAGCUGCUAUGGGACUGAUGAAGGAAAAUGUUUUAAAUGCAGCGAUUCGACAGUUCAGCUUUUUGGCUAUUGUGCAGAAAUCUGCCCUUAUGGGUAUGAAGCUAAAUCAAUUAUGGGCAGCAAUCCAAUUUGUUUGCCAUUAGUCGACAUUUCGACACCGAGAAACCCUUAUGUUUAUUAUGCAAGCUCCAAAAAACAUGGUGAUGUGACAGGAGGGGAAGGGACUUUGGAGUCUCCUUUUGAAACUUUUGCAGUUGCUUUAGCAUUGAUUCAAAGGAAAUAUUCGAUACUUUAUCUGAUAAAUGAUGGGGAUUAUGAGUGGGCUCCUGUUGACGAAUUUUACUUUGUAAAUAAUUUUAUAAAAAAUAGCCGAUCUCCACUUGCCCAUCAUAACUCAGGAGAUACGGGGACAAUGGUAUAUAUAAAAAUAGCAAGUUUAGAUGGGAGCAUUAUAAAAAUAAAGACAAUCCCUGACAAAUCAAACAUAUAUAUUGGACUUUGGUCUGGGCUUACCUUAGAAAUUGAAAAUGUUAUUUUUGAUGGAACUCUAAUUACCACAUCAUGCUCUAGCCUAAUAUACUGUAGUUAUUGUCCAUAUAUCGAAAAACAAAUAGAUGGCUCAUAUAAAACUGAUCGUGGACAAAAAAUAAAGACAUCAGAAUACUUGUCGUCAACAUUUUGCUCGACUUAUAAUCAAAAUUAUUUAUUUGGAGUAUCAAAUCAAGCUAUUUUAAAUUUAACAAACGUAACCUUUUCUAAUUGGGGAACUCUAUAUUAUGCCUUAAUAGAAAGCUGAGGGGGAAAUAUUACACUUAAUAAUGUAAAUUUUGAUAAUAUCGUCAUUUUUAGUGAUGAAGCUGCUGCAGUCAUUUCAAUGCAAGAUUGUGAUAACGCUUUUUAUAAUUGUGGCACUUUGAAUUAUACAAAUGGGAAAGUAUCUAGAAUUAACAAUGGCUUUGAAUAUGCCGAUCCGAUUGAUUUUAGAGGGUUUUUAUAUGCUGAAAAAAUUCAAUAUGCAACUUUUACAAAUGUAAUUUUUGAAAAAAAUUUGGUGGCUCUUCAGCAGUCAUCCACAUUCGAAACAGGCUCUCUUAUUACCCUUAAAAUAUUUCGAAAUUUAGAAAUUAAUAAUUGCCAAUUUAUUUCAAAUAUUGCUGAUACAGGAAUUAUUAGCAUAGCAUCAAAGGGGCUAAAUUUUGUAAUAGCUGUAAACGAAAAUAAUGAGCUUAUUGAUUUAUUGCAAGAUCACAUUUAUAUACACAAUUCAACGUUUACAGGAAAUUUCGGGAAAUUUUAUGGGAUUUUGUAUGCAAGCUUCAAAGGACAACUCCAAAACUUUCGAUUUGAAAAUCUAACUCUCACCUUUAAAUUGGAACAAAAUAUCGUUAAAAUUCGCAUUUUUGGGUACUUUAAAUUGGAACAAAAUUAUUUUUUCGAUGGGAAAAUUUUAUCUCUAAUUUUUCAUAAAUUAGUUUUGGCUCAAUUUGUAUAUUAUUUAAACAGUAUUCAUACUGAAUCAAUCAUUUUUUUUUAUUUAAAUCUUCGUAAAAAUAAAUAAAAUUCAAAGUAUUAUGUCAAUUUAUUAAACAUUUUAAAAAUGUUUUUUAAAAUAAAUUAAAGAUGAAGAUAUAAUUUUUAUAUAAAAUUAAUUUUGACCUAUUUUAAUUGGGAAGGUGCAAGUAGAAUGCUAUUUAAACAGUUUUUACACUAAAUCGAUUAAUUUUUUAAUUAUUUAUUUAUAAGAAUAUAUUAAAAUUUAAAGCAUUGUGUUAGUUAAUAUUUUUUAAAAAAAAUUAUAACGCUUUAAAUUGGAAAUGGAUUUUUUGUUCAAUUUAAAGGGGGGGUAAGCAUAACUUCUAAUGGAGUUGAAAGUGGUUCAUUGAUAUAUGUUAUAAAUAAUGAAAUUAAAGCCGAAUAUGAAUUAGACACGACAAAACCAGCAACUUUAACAACAGGGCAAAGAGUAACUGCAUUUUAUAAAGCGCGCUGGUUUAUUACAAAGUGCAUUAAUUUUUUUGAAAAUUAUUCAGGUGGUUCUGGGAUGAUUGACAUUAAUAAUUUAGUGAAUAUAGAUGUUAAUAGUUUGUCGCUAGAUUCCAAUGGCGCUAGUACAGAUAUUGACGUAAAUGAUAUAAUACUUAAUGAUUGAAUAGAGGAUUCAACUAUGUAUCUCAAACUGCAAUACGACGAUGCUGCUCUUAUUGACUGCGCUUCUAUGAUAUCUGUAGACUCUUCAAUUAAUAUUUCUAUUUCAGAUUUUAGCAUGACAAAUAAUUAUUGCAAGGAAUCUUCGCCUGUGUUUAUCUUAUCAAAAAUUGGAGAAUUGUCAAUUUCAAGGUUUAAUUGCACAAAAAACGAAGGAAAUGGAGACCAUCCGAUAUGCCUGUAUGUAGCAGCAGCUAUAGAAACCUCAAUUAUAAACUCCACUUUUAUAAGCAAUGCUAACAAUCUUUCAUCUGGGUCAGGAGCAAUUGGAACUAUAACUUCAAAUUUAAACUUGACCUUAGAAAAUUGCUUAUUUCAAUCGAACUCUGCUGGAUAUGGAGGAGCAUUAUAUUUCCAAGGGAGAUAUAGGCAUAUCCCUAGAUAGCCCGAUAUGGACGAGCAAUAGAGGCCAAAACUUCCCACUUGGUCCCGGCCAACUCAUGUAGGUCGAACCAAGUGGCAAGUGGCGAAUGAGCUUCCUUUCACUUGGUUCGGCCAAUCCGAGUGGGCGGACCAAGUGAGAGGUUUUGACCUCUAUCCCUCGCCCAUAUCGGGCUAUCUUAGGGAUAAGCCUAUAUUUAAAUAUUUCAAAAAGUAUUUUUAUUAUGAAUAAAUCCCCAAAUGAGCUUGGAGGAGCAAUUUAUUAUUCUCCUCAAAUUAUUUAUAAAAAUUCAGGAUUUUUUAUUGACAGCUGUAAUUUCAACAAAAAUCAAGCUAUCAGUUAUGGAGGUGCUAUCUAUAUUGAAGAGAAAAUUAUCGGUUCUACAAAAAUAGAUCUUCAAUUUAAAAACGUUUCUUUUUUCUAUAAUUCUGCUGAAAAUGGUGCUGCUAUUUAUAUUGAAAAAACAGCUGCUUUAAGCCAAUAUUCUUCAAUAGAAGAUUCUCAUUUUUUAAACAAUACAGCAGAGACAUCAGGGACUUUAUCAAUUUCAUUUUAUAAUGGAAUUUUGUCAAUAACUGAUACUGAUUUUUCAAAAAAUUACGCGAAAUGAGGGUCAGCCAUUUAUAUCACCACAAAAGAAGAUGGGUCUUCGUUAAGAUCGCAAACUAUAUUAGACACAUGCACAAUUACAAAUAACUCAGGAGAGUCAAUUAUUCAUAUGGAUGAUUUAAGCCAAUAUUCAUAUUUGGAAACGACAAAUUGUCUUUUUGAGUGAAACUUAGGGACAGUUAUAUUGCUUAAUUAUGAUAAUUGGGUAGAAACAGCAUCAAUAUUUAGAUAUAAUACUGCAAUUAAAGGAGGAAGCUCAGUAAGUCUGCAAAACCAAGCAACAGGGGAGUCAACAGGCACUAUUUUUUAUGAAAAUAUAAGCAAAGCGACUGGAGGUGCUGCAUCGAUUAGCUCUCAAUCAAUUUUUAAAUGCUCUUUUUGCAACUUUACAAAUAAUUAUGCAGAAAAUUCUGGUGGAGUUAUUUAUGUCGAGCAAAACUCAUUGAUUUUAACACAGAUUAGAGAAACUAUUUAAUCAUAAUAAAAUAUAGUUAUUUCAUUUUUAAUUUAUAUUAAAAAAGGCCCUUCGGAGAGAAGCUAGACCUAAUCAAAUAUAGCAUAAUUGAGGAUUCUAUAAUUACAGGAAAUUCUUGUCUUAGGAAGGGCUCUGUGAUGUAUCUUUUAGGCACUUCUUUACUCUCCUCUUCAACUUAGUGAGGAAACAUUUUUUUCAAAAUUUAAAAAAAAAAUUCUAUUUUAGAAAAAUUGGAAAGUAAAAGCUAAUUUAAUUUAAAAAUUUAUGUUUCUAGCUCCAAAUUCAAUAGGCUUUCAUUAUAAUAAUUGUAACUUAUAAAUAAAAAUAUUUUUAAAAUAAAAAAUUCUUAAAAAUAGUUUUACUUGCUCACAGAAGGAGGAGUUAGUUUCUUCUCAGAUAAUAAGAACAAAUAUAUACAAUAACAAAGCAUCUGAAGGAGCAAUCGUCCUUCUAGAUGCGUCGAUUUUGAUUAACUCUUCCAAAAUCCAUGAAAAUUCAGCAGAUGAAGCAAGCCCCGGGCUGAUUUUGACCCUCUCAAGUGCAAAUAUUUCGAGCUCUCAAUUUUAUUCUCAGCCGAGUAAGCAAGGAUGCUUUAUAUAUUCAUCAACCCAGAGCUCUUUAUAUAUUUCAAACUCAACCUUUAAAGAUGCAGUUUCUUCAGGCUCAGGAGGUGCCAUAUUUGCUAUUUCCACCUCAAUUACAGCAUUAAACUGUGUUUUUUCAAAUCUUCAAGCAAACUCUGGAGGGGCAAUUCUAGCUUAUUCAGAUAGCUCUCUUUUUAUUCAGUCAUCCAAUUUUACACACCUUACUUCAUACAGCACUGGUGCAGUUGACUAAUUGCCAUUUUAACUAAUUUUUGAAGUCAUUUUCUAGGAAAGUUUUUUUUUUUUAAAAAAAAUUAAAUUUCAAUAAUUUCACAUAACCAAAAUUCCCCAACCAAUCGCCCCACUAUCAAAAUGCUCUGGUCAAAUAAUAUGCCCCGAUGCAGUUUUUGAUUUAUAUCAAAGCAACGUAACAAUAUUGAACUCAUUUUUUGAAAAUUUCUCCAGUACUGGAAUCUAUGGUGACAAAUUAGGAAAUUUAUAUGUUACAGGCUCAUCUUUUAAUAGUGCCAAUGGAGUUAAUGGCGGAGCCAUCUAUUGCAUAGCUUGCUCUGAUAUAGCCAUCAAAACCAGUAGAUUUGUGAACUGCAAUGCUACCCUAGGCGGCGCUGUUCAUUUGAUAACUUCUUCAGAUUCAAUGAUAAACUCUGUGUAUAUUGUAGAUGAGACUUACUUUAUAAAUAACACAGCUUUAAAUGGAGGUGCGGUCUAUGCAAAUAACAUCUUAUUGAAUCUAACAAACUCUUUCAUAUACCAUAAUCAUGCGUAUGUAUCAGACUCAGAUCAAGCAAAUACCAAAAUUCAAUAUGGAAUUGGAGGAGGCCUUUUCUUAAAUUGUAAAGAUCUUGAUAUAUGCAAAUUUUAUCUUAUUAAUAAUUAUUUUAGGGCUCCUUCACAUUGCGUCUGCACCGCAAGACAUUCAGCCUAUUUUUAGAAAAUUGAUUUUUGGCUAUUUUCUCCUAGAAUUACAUGUCUCUAAGAUAGCCUAUAAUUCUUUUCUUAUGACUUUGUAGCUGACAGAUGAGAGAAAGUAAAAAAAUGGAAAAAGAAAAUAGACUCAAAAAAUAGAUUUGUGAUAUAGGUGCUUUUAAAAUAUCCUUUAAUUUUAGAGGGAACGCAGCAAGCUAUAAUGGAGGUGCCUAUGCAUGGGAUGACAUUAUGCCGAUUUCUAUCGAUAAUAUUUUUUUGAAUAAUUCAGCCGCUUAUGCGCCAAAUGUUGCAUCAUAUCCUAUUUCAAUGGUCGCAGAAUCAAGUAAUUCAUCAUUAAGAAGGCUCGAAAGCAGAAGCCUAGGAGCUCCUCCAAUUAUAGCUAAUUUAGAAAAUGUAGCCUCAGGCCAAACUUAUACAACACCAUUAAUUAUUGCUUUAAUUGAUCAUGAUGGAAAUGUAGUAAAGACUGAUAAUACAAGUACUGCUGAGCUUCAGACUAUUGAUAACAAAACAACAGUUUCUGGUUUAAUCAGGGUAGUAGCAGUUGAAGGUAUUUAUACAUUUUCUUCGUUUACACUAACUGGGUAUCCAGGAGUAAAUACAAAGAUUUUAGUAUAUACAUCAGCUAUUGAUACAUCGAAAAGUACUAACUUUUAUCUGAUAAUAUUAUUACGUUAGUUUAACGCUGAUUUUUCAGCAUUUCUCUCUUUUACCUUCAUUAUUGAAUAAAUAAAAUCGUUUAUUAAGUUGCUCAUUUCCUCCAUUUCUUCUCUAUGUUCAUUCUCCAACCAAAUCUGAUAAUAUAAUUUCUAUAUAUAAAUUUGUAAUAUAAAUAAAUUAUGGAAAUUAAAAAUAAUAGAGUAAGGCCAAAGAUGACGCAGAGUAUCAUCAAAUUAUGCUUAUUAACGUUACUUUUAGACUUUGCCAGAUUGGAGAAGCAACUGUAGGAAAUUUAUGCAAAAUCUGUGGGUCGAACUAUUAUAGUUUAGACCCCUCCAUCCCUGAAUGUCUGACAUGCCCUGAUGAUGCAAUUUGUUAUGGAAAUUAUACAAUGGUUCCAAAGCGUGGGUAUUGGCGAGAUAAUAUGUAUGCAAGCGUUUUUUGAAAAUGCCCAAACUCUGAUGCAUGUCUUGGCUCGCCUGACGCUGAAAACAUUUCAUAUACAGGAGAAUGCGACAAAGGGUAUAAAGGAAAUAUGUGUCAAUCUUGUGAAUAUGGAUAUUCAAAAACAGCUGAUGAAACGUGCAGUCCUUGCCCAGACGAAUCUUCGAAUAGUUUGAGAAUUGCUGGCGUUUCUAUAAGUCUCAUAAUUAUCUGUGCAAUUAUGGUAAAUUCAACUCGAAGAUCUGCAUUUAAACCUACAUCACUAGCAUCGAUUUACAUAAAAAUUUUUAUGAAUUAUUUACAGUUAGUUAUGCUUGUGACUACUUUUAACUUAAAAUGACCAAGUCUUGUGUGGAAAGUAUUUGCUAUACAAAAUACAGCUGGCUCAGCAAAUGAUCAAAUUUUUUCUUUUGACUGUUUUUUGCAGAUUAAAGAUGAACCUGAUCAGUAUUAUUACAGCAAGCUAAUUCUAAUGAGUCUUGCACCUUUAGUUAUUGCACUAGUUUCCUUAACCGUAUGAAUUUUAAUUUAUACUAACUUUCAUUAAUGAAGAAGUUGUAAAAAAUUUUAAUUUUAAAAAUAAUUAUAAAAAUUUAGAGAGCAAAAAAAUACAAACACACUUUUUUAAUUAUUUUAAGAAUAAUAAAAUUAGAUAAAAACAAUAUAACUCCCCCCACUUUAAAUUGAACAAAAUAUAUGUAAAAUUCCCUUUUUUUAGGUAUUUAGCCACCCUUUAAAUUGGAGCAAUUUUUUUUUCAAUAGGAAAAUUUAUAGGCGAAAAUAUUAAUUUAUAAAAUAAAAUGUUUUUGCAUUGAAACGAUUAAAUUUUUACAAUAAUUCUAUAUAAGUUAAAUUAAAAUAAAAGUAUCUGAGCUCAAUUUUUAUUUUAAAUUUUUACCCUCAUUUAAAUUGGAUCAUAAUUUUUUGUUCCAAUUUAAGGGUCGGGACUAAGAAAUUGGGAAAUUGAUAUAAUUUUAUUGAAAGACCCCGUAAAGUAGAUUACAAUUUGAUGUUUUUUGUAGAGCGGGGAUUAAGAGGAAAAACUUAAGGCAUUUUCGGAAUGAUUAUAUAUCUACAUGUGUUAUUUUACUAUUUUUAAUCCACCCAAAUAUCGUUAAAAUGAUGUUUGGUGCAUUCAGUUGUAAACAAAUAAAUUCAGGGGAGCGGUGACUUACAGUAGAUUACGAUAUAAGGUGCUGAGAUAGCAAACAUAUCUUUUAUUUGUGCUUAGUUGUUAUUCCUUCUAUUAUACUCUGGGGGAUUGGAAUUCCUGCUUUGUGCUUACUUAAUUUACUCCCCCAUUUAAUAUGGAGCAAAAUAUUGGUAAAUUCUCCAUUUUUUGGUUACUAACACUUAACCAAGAAAUUCCCAAUAACCAAGAAAAAAGAAGACUCUGAAAAUUUUUUUGAUUUCAACGACAAUGGCAAUGAAUUAAUUUUGGAAAGCCAAAAAAUUUUAGCAAAUCAAAAAUGACUUUUUGGUUUGCCAAAAUAUUUUUUCUUUAGCACAAAAGUUUUUUGUUUUUGGUAUUUGGGAAUUUUUCUCGGUUUUAUGCCUGUUUUAUGAGAUAAAGAGAAUUUUUGCGGAAUUUUUGCUUAUUCUUUCUGUGUUUUCAGCACUCCAAGUUCAUUCUCCUAAUCUAAAUUCGCAAGUUUUUUGAUUUUUAAGCUGUUUUUCGACUAUUUAAGAAAGUAUAUAUAAAUUUGUUUUAAAAAUAAUUAACAAACUUCAUACCAGACAUAAUUAUUUUCCAAUUUAAAUGGGAUAAGUCAGUGAAAAACCGAAGAAAACUCAAUGAAAUCGGCCCAAGGCUCAUGUUUGGUUUCUUCUUCAAUGGCUAUAAAAAGUCAUGCUAUUACUGAGAAUUUAUUAUAUUAUAUAGAAAAAUAUUAGUUAUCUGCUGCUCUGUUUUUUUAGCUAAUAUAUCUGUCAGUGUUCAAGCCCUUACCGUAACAAUAAUACUAGCAGCCUCCCUCCACUUACACUAUACAAAUAGUCCCUAUAGCGGCCCAGCUUUAAAUGAACUGGAAUUAAGAUCGAUUUUUGUAUCAGCCACUACAAUUUAUUGUGGCCUUUAUUUUUUAACAGAUUCUUUAGAUGAAAUUAGCCGAUUUAUAUUUUUCUUGAUUAUAGUGUUCUCAAACAUUUAUUUUUUAUAUUAUUGGCUUUUUAAAUUAAUAGAUACAGGAUUGAGGAAUUUGCAAAAAAGAAUACCUUUUCUCAAGCACAAGUGAUAUAAAAAUGAUGGCUAUGAUGAUAAAUUAUUCGAAAAUCCUAAAAAAGGUCAUAUAGUAACAAAGGAAGGUGAAGAAUUUUAUUCAAUUGUGCACAGCAUCCCAAAGAAAAAAGACUCGAAAGAUGUAUUUGAUCCACGUUUAACUAUGGCUGAUGUGUUUAUAAGCAUGAUACCAGAAGCACUUGAAUAUGACGAAAGUUUAGAAAGCAUUUCACUAAAUCGAGGUCUUGAAUCAAUCUCUAGCAAAAAUUCAAUGUUUGAUGUUGAAUUACCAACAUCAGCUGAAAGGUCUAAGGAAAAAGAGAGACAUUUGCCUUUAACUGAUGGAGAAGAAGAAAAAGAAGAAAAAGAAGAAAAGAAAGAAAAAGAAGAAAAAUUGGAAAGCUUGGAUGCCACAUUGGAGCAGGAGAUGAUUGAGCUAAAAGUUGAUUAA